AUCCGGGUAUUUUCACGCCGCCCUACGUGGCGCGUGGCCGUGAUCGAGAAGAGCGGCCGACGCCUCCUUCCUUCAUCCUCGUCCUCUUCGUCACCCCUCGUCGCGAUUUCUCUCGCUCGCUCGCCGUCUCUUCUCUGAAAGUUCACGACCACCAAGGAAAAAAAGCGCAGCAGCCAUGGCGGAAGGAGGCUUUGACCCAUGCGAGUGUGUUUGCUCUCAAGAGCAUGCCAUGCAAAGGCUUAUUAACCUGCUUCGCCAUUCCCAGGGCUACUGCACCGACAAUGAAUGCCUUCAGGAGUUGCCUGGGCCAAGCCAAUCUGCAGGGGGCAUGGACCCUACGCUCACGAUGGUGAUGAUGGGCUGGGUUGUGCUGGCGCUGGUAUUGUUCCUGUUUCGGCCGUCGAGCCUGCGAGGCCGUGGUGACUCCAAGCCGACCGGGCACGACAACCAGAAUGGCAGACGGGAACCACCUGCUCCCCCCCCUGUAGAUUGAUGGAGGGAGCUAUGCUCCAAGUGGAAUGAAUGAAGUGGUGCAGCCAACCCGACUGAUGAUGAUGAUGCCUUUCCCAAGCCAAUAUCGCACAUAGAGGCUUCAGCUGCCCUUGUUAUUUUUUCACCAAAAUAGUUGGUGAUGAAUUGUAAACGCUCACGCUGAAAUUUAAAUUCGAUAAGGGAAAGUGUGUGACACUUACAUUUAUAUAUUUUUUUCACUGUUCAAUUUUGCUGCCGUAAUAUAUACACAGAUACUUACAGCCUCGUACAAUUGAAAUCCAAUACACAGGCUGUCAAGUCUUAAUUGCACACUGUAUAUUUGUAGAUUUCUCGACCUAUUCUACCCUUGUACAUCUGACCAAUUGUUCACAAACUCCAGUCCUGAAGCCUGGGCAUGAUAGAUCGUUCAUACUUGGUAAUUGGUGCAUGUGUGCAAUGUAUCUUUAGUUUACAUCUGAUUUAGGAGAGCUUUGGCAUACAGAUAAAUGACUUCGGUGAAGCAUUUAGACUGAGGACUGGAGUAUUGUUGUAUUAAGCAGGUACAGGUAUGUUUAUACUUCAGGCUUGUGAAUGUCAGUUCCAUUAUAUGGCUUUAUUCCCAAGAUUUAUAAAAAAAAAAUUGCUAGUUGUUUGACAGAUGCUUUUGUUUGGAUCCCUGAAUGAUGCAUGCCUUAUCAAGGGUAUGUCAGAGGCUUGUGUGUAGGUAUGCUUAUUAAGGCAAUGAUUUGUAUUUGUUGCCAAAGUAGAGUGUAGUACAGUUGAAGUCUUCUAUAAAAGCUGCUGAUCUCUUCAAAAGCUGAUUUUUGUUAAAUAUCUUGUUCAUAUGGGACUGUAUUCUUCUGUGGGCUUCUUGUAGUAUCUGUAUAGAAUCCAGAUGUGUUUUUGAACUGUACUUUAUAUUAUAUAAACGGGUCUUUGAGGCCAUUAUCUUGAGGUUUGAGAAAUCCAUUAAAAUGCAUUGCUACAGUGUUCAGUGCAUUUGCAGACAAUUAAACGAUCAUAUUCUGCCUUUUUGGAAUCAGCAAGUGAGAAACCAAGCAACUCCUUUGUGCUUUGAAUAAUUUUCGGUAAUGAAAUAAUGCAAGUGCCUCUUAAGUCCACAGGUAUUCCAGCAUAUGUUGGUGAAAAAAUCAUUAGGCAGUUGUGGUGACUAAAGACUAAUGUCACUGCUUUCCUGCACCAUGGAAAAGAUUAUUAAAGCAAGAAACUGACUUGAGUUCCGUAGCUUGAACAUGAUAAUUUCUAGUUAAUUCUAAUUUGCUACUGUUUCAAUGCCAUUAAUCUAUUGGCUGACUGGGCCCCAUCCUAAAGUGUCCAUUUGGAUCAGAAGUAACGGGUCAUUAAAACCAGAUUGCAUUGUCAAGAAGGGGUUGAGGAGGAAUGCAGCCAUCGUUGGAUAGACACUUGCAGUUCAUACAGUGUCUUGCAACACACUGCAACCGUUGAUAUUAAGGGCCAUCGAAAUGCUUGUAUACUAUUUAACCUCUUAAAUAUGUAUUGAAGAUUAAGCAUUAAUUUGCAUUGAUGCUUAAACAUAAGAUGUGAACGCAUCUUGAAUAUACAGGCUGGUGUUAACGUCUGGUUUUAUGCUGGUCCCAGCGUGUACUUAUUUUUUUGUUGAACUGUCAGAUAUUCAUAUUUUUCAAAUUCUAUCAUUUGUUAUGGUUGACCUGUCCCAUCACAACAAAUUAGUAUGAAUAUUAUGGAAUCUAUAAACACGGCAUUCCAAUCUGAAGGUCUCCAAUCUACUUUAAGAAGUGAUUAUCAACUGUACAUUGCUUCAUUUCAGCCAUAACUGGACCAGCAUGCACUGCUGUUCUUGACAACGCAGCUCUUCAAUAUUUUAUUUUUUUGCAACGCUGUUUUUGUGUUUCUCCAGGUUUCUCCAUCUGUUUUAUCGGUUGUUGGAGCAGGUUUAAUGUCAAAGGAUUCAAGCAGUUUAGGUCCAGUCCCAAAAGUAAACACUGAUGCAUUGCUUUGCAAUGGAUUUUUUCAAAGCUGAUUUAAUUGCCACAUUCCAUAUUGUAAGCUUCUGUAACUUGGGAGACAUUUUGAUUUUCACUCAGCCCUGAAAGUGCAUCACUUGACCAUCCAAGCCCCACUUGUGAAGGCACUGUGAACACUUCUAGGGCUGCAUCAACUUUACAGACAAUUACUUGAAAUCUUGGGAUUGUAUCAGCCACGAGAGCUUAAGCAAUGUCCUAUAUUUCGGUCACAUAACAUACAUGCUUUUUUCUUUAUCUCACAUAUGUUUUUUGGAUUUUUGGAUGAUGUAUACUAAUGUGUGCAAAUUGUUAAACUUGUGCAAUGUUACGAUCGGGAAAGGUGAACAUUGUACUUGAUGCUUGUUGAUUAAACGGUAUAUGCUAUGCACUUUGUUGUAGCUAUUAAAAGAAAAAAAAUGAAAGAAAUAAACAAUUAAAAGUGAUGUUACCACA